AUGUCUGAAAUAAAAAUUGGCAUCAACGGAUUCGGUCGCAUUGGUCGUCUGGUGCUUCGGUGCGCCUUAGAAAAAGGUGUGAAAGUAGUCGCUAUCAAUGAUCCGUUCAUUCCGGUGGAUUACAUGGUCUACAUGUUCAAAUACGACUCAACUCAUGGACACUUCAAAGGUGAUUUGUCACAUAAAGAUAAUAAGUUCAUCGUCGAUGGCAAACCUAUCGCUGUUUAUACCGAAAAAGAACCUUCGAAGAUACCCUGGGGACAAAUGGGUAUCGAUUACAUCGUGGAAUCGACCGGUGUGUUUACAACUAUUGACAAAUGUCAAGCACAUAUUCAAGGUGGUGCAAAGAAAGUUGUCAUUACUGCGCCAUCGGCUGAUGCGCCUAUGUAUGUUAUGGGAGUCAACGAAGAUAAAUACACAAGCAAAGACACGAUUGUUUCCAAUGCUUCGUGCACAACGAAUUGUUUAGCUCCAUUAGCGAAAGUUAUUCAUGAGAAAUAUGGAAUUGUGGAAGGUCUUAUGACCACUGUACAUUCGUACACGGCAACACAAAAAACAGUGGAUGGUCCAUCGAAUAAAGAUUGGCGUGGCGGUCGAGGCGCUGCACAGAAUAUUAUUCCAUCAAGCACAGGUGCUGCUAAAGCAGUCACGAAAGUGAUUCCAUCUUUAAAUGGAAAAUUGACUGGUAUGUCGUUUCGUGUGCCCACGCCUGAUGUAUCAGUCGUUGACUUAACUUGUCGUCUUGAAAAACCUGCUAAAUACGAAGAUAUUUGCAAUACGAUCAAGACUGCCUGCAAUACCAAUGAACUGAAAGCAAUUUUGAGCUAUACGGAAGAUGAAGUUGUGUCAUCCGACUUCAUCGGUAGUACUUAUUCGUCAAUUUUCGAUGCAAAAGCAGGUAUAUCUCUCAAUGAUAAAUUUGUUAAGCUGAUCGCAUGGUACGAUAACGAAUAUGGUUACAGUCAUCGCGUUGUUGAUCUGAUUAAACAUAUGGCCAGAGUUGAUGGAAAGUCAUCGUCAGCAUCAACUCCGACACCGCAUCGUCGUUCGCGUCCAUCCUCACGAAGUCAAUCGAAAAAUGCAUAG